AAGAUCCCAGCUGAUGCUUCCAAUAGCAAUAGACAAACAGAGCACGAGUCAAGUUCUAGGUGAAAAACCAGCAGAAACAUAUCCGCCGAUGCUUGAUGACCGGAUCGCAGAUUUGCUAAAAAACGGAUCGAACCUAGGACUGGAACUGGUGUUGCGUUUGUUUCCCACUUCGUCGAACGGUGGAUGCAUCUAGUCGUCUUAAAUUUAGUGCACCAAGAUCUCAUGUUGGGAGGGGUGAUUCCAUUUUAUUAUAUACCUUAACCAGCGCAAAAUAAAUUACUCAGAAACUUUUUUGUGGGAUUGGCUGGGAGUGAAAUGCCUCGCAGUAAGCGUAGGUCCACAACUGAAAUGAGUUCUGUAGAUGAAGAAAGAUAUGCUUCAAAAAGGAUACGCAAUUAUACUAGUUCUAGGAGGUAUGGUAAUCGGGUGGACGAGGCUCUUCAGUUCAACCAGAAACGAUGUCUGACGUGGUUCAGAGAGUACACGGCGCCAGAUGAUCCGGAUACUUUAGGCCCGGAGGGCAUGGAGAAGUUCUGCGAGGAUAUUGGAGUGGAACCAGAAAACAUAGUGAUGCUCGUCCUUGCGUACCGAAUGCAGGCCCGCCAGAUGGGCUUCUUCACGCAAGAGGAAUGGUUGCGGGGGUUGUCAGACUUACAAUGUGAUUCAGUCAGUAAAAUUCAAGCUAGGUUAGAUCAUCUCAGGUGUCUGCUAAAUGAUCAGAAUCAUUUUAAAGCCAUUUAUAGAUACGCUUACGAUUUCGCUAGAGAUAAAGAUCAAAGAAGUAUGGAUAUGGAUACUGCUAAAGCAAUGUUAGCAUUACUAUUAGGAAAGCAUUGGUCACUGUACACAAACUUCAGUCACUUUCUGGAACAGUCCAAGUACAAGGUGAUCAACAAGGAUCAGUGGUGUAAUAUUCUCGAGUUCUCCAGGACCAUCAAUAUCGAUUUAACAAAUUACGAUGUCGAUGGUGCAUGGCCAGUGAUGUUGGACGAGUUCGUCGAUUGGCUGAAGGCGAAUAGGGCGAAAACGAGUGAAGACGGUAGUUGAGUGUGAGAGGGAGAAUUUUAUAAUUAAAUGCAAAAAAAAAAGAACAAGGACUAUUAAUGUAAUCGAUAAUACUUAAACAAACAAAAAAAAGAAUCAUAAUUAAACAAACAAAAAAUACAUAUUUAUACAUUAAGUGUGGACUGAGCAACAGAAAAAAGAUG